AUUGGGAAAAGUAUUACGAUGUGCUGCGAACUUUCUAAUAUAGAGAUAACGGAAUAGGAUAUAAAACAACGAAAUACGCCGAUAUCAGCACCGGAGUCAACAUUUACAACCGAUAACUACUGGAGAAUUCUAUUCUUCAAACUGUUAGCUAAGUUCCUGUUUACGCAUUUUCCAUAAUUUAGAUCGACUUUGACAAAAUACAAUGGCACAACACUUCAGAAGCGGUCCAGCGUUCGGGCUUUCUGCUGAGGUGAAAAGCAAGCUGGCCCAGAAAUAUGAUCCACACAAGGAGGAGGAGCUCCGGCUUUGGAUCCAGGAUGUGACUGGCCGCAAGGUUCCAGACAGCUUCAUGGAAGGCCUUAAAGAUGGCGUUAUCCUCUGCGAACUCAUCAACACCCUCCAGCCCGGCUCUGUGAAAAAAAUCAACAACUCUACUCAAAACUGGCAUCAGCUGGAGAACAUUGGUAAUUUUGUACGUGCCAUUCAAGAGUAUGGCCUAAAGCCGCAUGACAUCUUUGAGGCAAACGACCUGUUUGAGAACGUCAACCACACUCAGGUUCAGAGCACUCUGAUUGCCCUGGCUGGGAUGGCUAAAUCCAAAGGCAUCUCCAGUAAAUAUGAUGUUGGGGUGAAGUAUGCAGAGAAACAGCAGCGCAGGUUUGCCCCGGAAAAGAUGAAGGAGGGCCGUAAUGUGAUUGGUCUGCAGAUGGGUACCAAUAAGUUUGCCAGUCAGAAGGGUAUGACAUCAUAUGGUACACGGCGUCAUCUCUAUGAUCCUAAGGCUGGCAUGGAGAAUCCUGUGGACCAAUCAACAAUUAGUCUGCAGAUGGGAACCAACAAAGGAGCCAGUCAGGCUGGCAUGACCGCUCCGGGCACCAAGCGGCAAAUCUUCGACAAGAAGCUAGACAUGGAGAGCUGUGACACAUCCACAGUCUCACUACAAAUGGGUACCAACAAAGUGGCAUCGCAGUCCGGCAUGACCGUCUAUGGUCUUCCGCGUCAGGUCUACGACAAGAAGUACUGCACCUACCCUGAAGACUAUAUGGACAACGGCCAGGAUAUGCGGGAGAUGGACGGAUACCAGUACUCUGACUAGGACGCAUGGACCACUGCCCCACACCCUGCUUUUAUCUUUGUUUGUUUUUUAUCCACCUACUUUUUUUUUUUGUAUUUUAAACGUUAUUCUGCAAGACUACCCAAACUGUUGACUAAUGUCACAGCCAUUAGCCAACACUCAAAAGUAGGUCUACAAUGGCUGAUCAGUUUUGAGAAAUUUAAGAGGAAUUUUUGCAGUUAAUUAUUGUUUGUUUUUUAAAUUAUUUUUCUGCCACUGGCUGUUCCUGCUUUUCACUCAAUAGUUGUUUUUUUUCCCUGUCCUGGGUGUAGCAGCCUGCUGUCACCUCAUUUGCAUGACAUUCCGGUUUUCGCAGAGGGACUAAACUGUGCUUCAAAAAUUACAGUGCAAAAACAAAUAUGGAAUUGUAAAUGCAAUAUAUAUAUAUAUAUAUAUAUAUAACUUAGCUUGGUUUGGUUUAAGAGGAAAUAGUAGCUGCCAAAAGCACUAUUGCUGCACUUGAUCUCACAGCUCUGGCACUGAACUCUGGCUAGGAGAAAGAGAAAAGUACCAUAAGGAUGCUAUGCUACUAACCCACCACGUCACUGGAACUGCAGGAGUAGAGGGAUGUUCACUAACAGCUGACUAACAAUGGUGGCUUUUUUUUUGUUUUGUUUUUUUGAUAAAAAGUCUUACUGUGAAGUCCUAUUCCAGUUGGACACAAACUCAGACCUGCCCUGACAUUUUCAGUGCAAUUCUUCAAAGCAAGCUUGCUCUUCCUUCUUUUAGUGUCUGAGGGUGGCUCAUUGAUGAAUAACAGCCAUGAGGCUUUUGUCAAGUGAAAAAUCUAAAGGUGUGGAACAUUACCAGGGGAAUGUAUGCUGCUUCAGUAUUGCAUGGCUUUUGGAGGUGCAAAGGUCAGGGUUGUUUUCAUUACAGCUAUUUAUUGCCAAAAUCCCACUCUGUGCCUUGUAGAACAAAUUUCUCUUAUCUCUUUACCUACAGUAAUAUGCAUAACAUGGUAGUGAUUAACAAGAACAACAAGAUCUGUUUGACUUGUGUAUUUAAAAGAACCCAAUAUGGGUUAGAGAGAAUGAGACUGAAAUAUGCUUCCAAUUUUACUACAGACAAGCGGAUUGGCCCUUUUUAGAGGGGAGAAUGGCACUUGGGCAGACAUCAUAAAUGAAAGACCAGAUGCACAUAAGCCAUGUAAUUGCUAACUACUUUGGCCCAUUACAGUUAAAUCCUAUCCAAAGAGAAAAGGUGGUAAAAUUCUUACAUGAAGCUAGAGAAGAGUUUUGCUGCAUUUACGUUAACUUGGAAUUCACAAAUCCACUCUUAAAAGGCAAGUAGCAAAAGAGCUCAAUGAUUAGAGCCUAAAUAUAUGCACCAACAGCAGCAAGAUCUGAUUGUUUUAUGACUAUGGCUCAGAGAUUGUAAUUACUAUGAAGAAUACUAAGAAGGAAACCUUUAAGGAAAAGCCAUUUGAAAACUGUCAUGGAACAGUAAGAACUAUUUUGAGGUUCUGGUCCUGAAGUCACCAUGCCAUCUGAUGGGAAGUAGCACUGACUACAGAAACCAUCUUGUGUGAUAUCCAUCCAUACAUAAAACAAUGAAAGGCACCAUUUGUUUUCAUUUUAAAUGAGCAGGACAAAUGCUAGUACUCAGAAGUAAUUUUAAAAAACUGUUUUUUUGCUCAGUCAUUGUGUAUUCCAGAGUGCCAUCUAGUGGUCCUUACUUAUCUAAUACAACAAAGUUCAGUGAUGGUGUCAUUGUCAACUGAUAUGUGUCUUUAUGAGAUUUAUUAUAUACUUCCCUUCCCAUGACAUAGCUGGCACAGUACCUUAUUUUAAAGCAAAAUAUUCUACCAAAGUAUGCUUAUAUCAAGCAACCUAUAAGCAUAACAUGUUAUGCCUAAGAACAUGAAAGUAGCCACAUAUUUCCCUUCAUAUUUAAGUAAAUAUGUGAACACUUCCAAACUAAGAUUCAGAGACUCUUGACCAAUAGAAAGUGAGAAUUACUUCGUGAUUUAAAUGUUUAGCUACUGUGCGCUUAACUCAACGCUUCAGCAGAAUAUUAUUUGAGUACUCUUUAUUUAUGUGGCUUACCAUCAACAGCUGGGCAAGUGAAAGAUCAUUAAACUACACCAUUUUCAAAUCAGUGCCUGUUUCAUUUUUCCCCCAUAAGAGUGCAACAUUAAUGUUCAAGAAGGACCUGAACAUACUACAGUACAGAUCCUUCAAUCUAUUGAAUACACACAUUCCCCAUUUUCUGGAAAGGAUUACACAGAGAACAGUUAAUCUGUUUUUUUUUUUAAAUAAAAAAAAUUUCCACUGCAUGAAAUCUCUAUUCUUCAUUCCUUUCUACGGCAAGAUUUCAUUAAAUCAAUGUUUGCAACAAGGAUAUG